ACCUCCACCCGUUUAACCGACGUGGGCCUGGUUAGCUCCAGAAUCGAUCGCGAACUAAAAGAAGUAUCAUAAUCGUCAUACAACCACCCAGAAAGACGGAAACCCACAAACCGCCACCACGAUGAUCAGGAAACAAGCGCGAGAGCGCCGCGACUACCUAUACCGGCGCGCAUUAACCCUCCGCGAUGCUGAACUCGCCUCCAAGCGUGCCUCCCUCAAAGCCUCGCUCGCAAGCGGCAAACCGCUCUCCAAAGACGUAGCUGACGACACGACACUCCGCACCGACUACAAAUACGACGAAAGCCGCGCCGAACGAACCGCAGAAGAAGAGCUAGGUCUCGAUGACGAAUACGCCCAACUAUCAGGCGUCGUAGAUCCCCGAAUCCUCGUAACAACUUCCCGCGACCCCUCCUCGCGCCUGGGAACCUUUGCCAAAGAAAUCCGGCUCCUGCUCCCCACCGCCAUCCGACUAAACAGAGGAAACAUGGUCCUCCCCAACCUCGUUUCUAGCGCGAAAUCCGGCGGUUUAAGUGAUAUUGUUCUCCUACACGAACACCGCGGUACUCCAACCGCCCUCACAAUAUCGCAUUUCCCCCACGGCCCCACUGCAAGCUUCAGCCUCCACAACGUCAUCCUCCGCGCUGAUAUCCCCAACGCCUCGCGCGGCACGGUAUCCGAAUCGUACCCCCACCUCAUCUUCGAUGGCUUCACCACGCCGCUCGGCACCCGCUGCGUACAAAUCCUCAAACACCUCUUCCCACCCCGCGAAGCCACUGCUAAAGUGGGAAACCGCGUUGUCACGUUUAAGAAUAUAGAGGAUACAAUUGAAGUACGGCAUCAUGUUUUUGUGAAGACUGGGUUUCAGAGUGUGGAGCUGGCGGAGGUCGGGCCCAGGAUGAGUAUGAGACUUUUUGAGAUUCGCGCGGGCACGCUGGAGAAUAAGGAGGGCGAUGUUGAGUGGCAUUUGAACCAGUAUACAAGGACGGGGAGGAAGAAGGAGUAUCUGUAG